AUGUCUUCCGAUCCAAAGAAACGUGUUGCUCUUGCAGCCCAAAGACCAGAAAAUCAGAGAUGUGCUGACUGCGGCUGCAAACUCCUCACAUCAUCAAUUUGGGCAUCUUCAACCCUCGGCAUUUUCAUCUGCAUUAACUGCAGUGGACGCCACAGAAACCUUGGUACCCACAUUACAUUUGUUCGCAGUGUCAACUUGGACUCAUGGACAGAUGAACAAGCAACUGUUAUGGAAUCUAUUGGAAAUGAAAUCUCAAAUCAGUACUGGGAAGCUAACUUACCAGCUGACUAUCCACGUCCAGCUACAGAGGACUUAGAAGGCCUCACAAAAUUCAUUCGCCUGAAAUACGAGCUUGGCAAAUGGGCCGAUAAAUCUCGUGAACCUCCGAAUGUCUUGCUCAAAAAAGGCAAAAGCGUUAAGAAAGCCAGAAUCAUCCAGUCUGGCUCUGCACAGCCUGUUUCUGCUAAUUCUAAUCCUCAGCCACAGCAAGUACAAAGAUCUCAGUCAACAAAUACAUUCAACUUUAACCAGCCAGCUCAGCAGAGCAUGACAACAUCAAAUUCAGUCGACAUGCUCUUUGGUCCUCCAGAACCAGCACCAGUUGCCCAACCAUUCGGUCAGCCACAGCAGCAGCGCCAGAUGAAUUCUUCACCUGGCUUCAAUCCAUUCAUGCAAGGAUUCCCAGCUGCUCAGCCUCAGCCAACUCCUGUUGCUCAACAGAAUCCGUUUGUUUUCGGAAAGCCAAUGGCUCCAAAUGCCUUCGCUCCACAGCCACAACAGCCUCAGCAGAAUCAAACAGGAAACGCUAGAGCUGAACUUCAAAGCAUGCUUUCCCAGAGUAUGGGAACUUACGCUCCUCCAACAUCUACAAACGUUUUCAGACAAGGAAACCCACAGCAGCCACAGUCCGCAGCUAGAAAUAUGUUUAAUUCACCUCCUCAGGGUUCUUUCUCUUCCAACCAACCAAUGCGUGGUCCAGGUCAGAACAGAUCAAAGGAUGCAUUCUCUGGAAUAUCUCCAUUUUAA